GAAGUAUUUGUAGUCUUUGCCUCUGACACCUAGCAAAAUUCUAAAAGUGAUAUACUGCCUAUUGAGAGGCCGCCAUGCCUACCCUAAAGCUGCGAAUCGGUCUGCCCUCGAAGCGAACGAUGGGCAGCAUUUGCAUCUGCGGAGCACUGGCCUCCAUCUCGGGACUGGCCUACAUGCGCUGGAGGCAGGAGGACCGGGUGCGUCAGUCGGAGUUCUACCAGCUGGCCAUCCAGCAACUGCGCCAGCAUAGCGGAGCCGUGGGUCUGCUGGGCGAGCCCAUCAAGGAGUCGGGCUUCAGUGUGGCCAACGAGAAGAACCGCUGCGACGCAGACAAGGCCCAGUUUCAGGUGAGCGUUCAGGGCUCCAAGGACCGCGGGACCGUCUUUUUCUGGGCCACCAACAACCAGAAACAGGGCUGGCUGAUCGAUCGCCUGGAGCUGGAGACCAAACAACAUCCUAACACGCGGUUCCUGCUCAAGAAGCCCCAGAACUACGCUCUGCUGAGCAGUGAAGGUGAUCCGGAGCCUCCGGUUGCCUCUGAUGCCGCCGAGGAAUCGCAGCAGCCGCAGGAGGCGCUCGAGCCACAGGAGCAGUCGGAGGGCGAGGAGCAGGACCACGAGGCCCAACGCCACCCCAGUAUUCACAACAAUCCCCCGCAACAUCUGCGCCAGCGGCAGGGUCAGGAGCCAGUACCAUUCGUUCAUACAGCGGAGGGCUGAGGUAUGCCGGAAAAUAUAUUUGGAAAAUCGGUCUUAUCGGCCCAUUUGCAAAAGGAAUUUUUUGACCUCGAAGGAACCCGUAUUUAAGGUUUAUUUUGGGGAUUAAUUGGCUCAUUGCUUUCAAUUGUUUGGAGUAAAAAUAGGCGACAGUAAAAAAUGUAUACAAAAAUUAAUAUCACUUCUC